AUGGGAGCUGAUCAUUGCUACGUUGACGAUUGGUUUGAAAUAAUUUGUAAAAAGGACAGUACCCUGGGCACUCCCAAACCUUUCUUGAAGAGGUUCAACCAGGAGGUACUGGCGAUUUCAAUACUAGAGAGCACCGUUCGCGUCAGCCAUCGAAUUACUGCGAGUUGUAGUACUACAACAGUGAACCAGUACAAUAAGGAGUUUGAAAAUAGUCCUUUCGCCUUCUCGGAGAGCAACAACAUGUUCGUUGCCAUGGGUUGCAACAACUCUGCGUCGAUGUGGUCGCUAGAUGGGCGCAUUAGAUUUGGUGGGUGCAAGUCUCCUUGUAACAGAGGUAGAUUCAUACUUGGAAAUCGUAGCAAUGGCACCUUCAAUUGCUGCCAAACUGAAAUUCCUUACGAUCUGAAUGCAUUCGUCACAACUAUAGAGCCCAAAGUUUCCCACAAUAUUGCUAAUGUUAAUGGAGAAUGCAAUUAUGCAUUCUUGGUUGACAAAGAUUGGUUCCAGAAAUAUUUCACAGUGCCAAACCCUAAUAUAUCAGUUCCAGUGGUAUUGAAAUGGGGAAUUGAUCCAACUUCAUACUCUUCGAAAUUGCAUGGUCCAACCAGCAGCAAGCAGUAUCACUGUCAUCGACAUGAUCCUACUUUGUUGGGUAAUCACAACUUCACAAUAUCCACUCAUACAUGUGCAUGUGCUCAUGGCUACAAAGGAAAUCCCUAUCUUCCUCAAGGAUGUCAAGAUAUUGACGAAUGUGCACAUCCGGAGCUCAAUCAGUGUUCGAACUCACGCUGUGAAAAUACUGAUGGGGGUCACCGUUGUACGGACACCAGGAUGUUGAUAAUUAUAGGUAUUAGCACAAUCCUUGGAGCAUUAUUUCUGGUUAUUGGUGGAUGGUGGUCAUACAAAGUGGUUCAGAAAAGGAGGAGGUUGAAACAAAAGGAGAAGUUCUUCCAACGAAAUGGUGGACUAUUGUUACUGCAGCAAUUAUCUACAAGGGAAGCACAUGUUGAAAAUAUUAAAUUGUUUAAUUCGAAAGAGUUGGAGCUAGCAACUAACUAUUUUAGUGGAAAUAGGAUAAUUGGACAAGGAGGACAAGGCACCGUCUAUAAAGGCAUGUUGGCGAAUGGAAGAAUUGUUGCAAUAAAAAAAUCCAAGGUGAUGGAUGACGAAAAACUCCAAGAAUUCAUUAAUGAAGUUGCCAUUCUUUCGCGAAUUAAUCAUUGGAAUGUGGUUAAACUACUCGGAUGCUGUUUGGAGACAGAAGUUCCAUUGCUAGUUUAUGAAUUUAUUCCUAAUGGAACUCUUUCCCAAUAUCUCAAUGACGAUCAAAAUGAAGAGUUUCCACUAACAUGGGAUAUGCGUUUAAGAAUUGCCACAGAAGUUGCAGGAGCUCUUUUUUACUUGCACUCAACAGCUUCAUCACCUAUUUAUCAUCGAGACAUUAAAUCUGUAAACAUACUUUUAGAUGAAAAGCUCAAAGCAAAAGUAGCAGACUUUGGAAUUUCAAGAUCUGUUGCUAUCGAUCAAACUCACUUAAGCACUCAAGUGCAAGGAACUUUUGGAUACAUAGACCCUGAAUAUUAUGGAUCGGGUCAAUUUACAGAAAAAAGUGAUGUUUAUAGUUUUGGUGUUGUUCUUGCUAAGCUCUUAACAAGGGAAAAGCCUAUCUCUUCAACAAGGACAUCAAAAACCAAAGGUUUAGCCAUAUAUUUUAUCACUUCAAUGGAAGAGAAUAAUUUAUUUGGUAUCCUUGAUAAUCAAAUCUUGAAGGAGGCUAAGAAAGAAGAGAUCAUUGUGGUAGCAAACCUUGUAAAAAGGUGCUUGUCCAUGAAGGGAAAGAAUAGACCGUCGAUGAAAGAAGUGGCAAUGGAGUUGGAGCUAGUUCAAAUGUUGCGAAAAGACUUCAUUCGUGUUCAAAAUUAUGAAGAGGCGGAAAUUGUCAGAAUUGAUCAAAUGUAUGGCAAAUGCGAUGCUAUUAAUCUCUACCUAAAAAUGAAAGGUACAGAUAUUGAUGUAGGCUCAUCUUUGUACUCCCAACCAUUAGGGUGGAUACUGGAUAGGCCAAGAGUCUGAUGGCUUGAAGAUAUAUGGCCCGGUUCUCCAAAUGGAAAACUUGGGUUCGAACCCCCCACUGCCAUUGUAUAAAAAAAAGGUGGAUAGGCAUGUGCACUGUUUUCAUUAUAUGUACAAAAUAUUUUAUGAAUCAUUUUCGAACUUG